CUCCAGGGUUAUAUACACAAAUUUAACUCCCUCCCCCAACGCUCCCCAACCUUCCUUACCGGCAGCUUCUACCAGCUGGGUGCUCUCAGACAUACUUUCCGCCAGCCACUACUCUUUUUGCUCCUAUCUCUUCAUCAAACAAAUUUUGAGAUUUCUUCGUGUUUUCAGUUUCUCUAUCGCUUCAUUUUGUAUGAAAUUUCCAUAUAUCCGGCGCGACAGUUAUCACUCUUCUAGUGUCGGUGAUGCUUUAAUCCGGCGGUGUGGUUGUCCCUGAAAGUCUAGUAAAUUCUGCAGUUUCCCAUUUGAAGCUUGAAAGAUUUGGAUUCAAGAUCAUUAUCAAUUCCAAUGAAUAAAUACGGAUUUGAGGGUAUAAGUACAACCCGUCCAACUCGCCCAAUUCCCACCUCCUCAAAAUCCUUCAAAAACGGAAUCAGAAAAGGAUCAGAAAGCCUGAAAUCCAUAGGUAGAUCACUAGGGUUUGGCGUUUCACGUGCUGUGUUCCCCGAAGACCUCAAAGCCUCUGAAAACAAAAUCCUAGACCCUCAAGAUACAUUCCUACUCACAUGGAACAAAUACUUUGUUGCCUCAUGUAUUCUCGCAGUUUCCAUAGACCCACUUUUCUUCUAUCUUCCGGUUUUCGAUGAGUCAAAAACAUGCCUUGGAAUUGAUAACAACUUGGCUAUUAUUGCUACAACUUUGAGAACUGUUGUAGAUGUGUUCUAUCUUAUCCAUAUGGCCCUUCAAUUCCGCACUGCCUACAUUGCCCCUUCAUCUAGGGUUUUUGGACGCGGUGAACUUGUGAUUGAUCCCGGCCAGAUUGCUAAGAGAUAUAUGAGGUGGUAUUUUAUAAUCGAUUUCCUUGCGGUUGUUCCCUUGCCUCAGAUUGUUGUGUGGAGAUAUCUACAUACGUCUAGAGGUUCAGACGUAUUAGCUACAAAACAAGCUUUGCUUAUUAUCAUACUCCUUCAAUACAUUCCAAGAUUUGCAAGAAUCGUCCCUUUAACUUCCGAACUCAAAAGAACCGCUGGUGUAGUUGCUGAAACCGCAUGGGCCGGUGCUGCUUACUACUUAUUGCUCUACAUGCUCGCCAGUCAUAUAGUUGGGGCGUUUUGGUAUUUAUUGUCUGUAGAACGAAAGGAUACGUGUUGGCAAAGAGCUUGUGAAAGGAAGCAUUUUAAUAAGAAUUUUUUGUACUGUGGGAAUGAACGCAUGGCGGGUUACGACACGUGGCGCGAUGUUAGUGGCCAGAUUUUGAAAGAUGCUUGCUCUACCGAUGGUGAUAAUCCGCCUUUUGAUUUUGGGAUUUUUGAACAGGCGUUAUCCUCGGGGAUUGUUUCUUCUAAAAAUUUUGUUUCAAAGUACUGUUAUUGCCUCUGGUGGGGCCUGCAGAAUUUGAGCACACUUGGUCAGGGGCUUGAAACCAGCACUUAUCCUGGAGAGAGUAUAUUUUCCAUUGCAUUAGCCAUAUUUGGGCUCAUUCUCUUUGCUCUGUUGAUUGGGAAUAUGCAGACGUAUCUUCAAUCUCUUACAAUCCGACUUGAAGAAAUGAGAGUGAAGAGACGUGACUCAGAACAAUGGAUGCAUCAUCGAUUACUUCCGCAAGAUCUCAGAGAACGUGUGAGACGCUAUGAUCAAUACAAAUGGUUAGAAACUCGAGGAGUUGAUGAAGAAAAUUUGGUUCAGAAUCUACCCAAGGAUCUCAGAAGAGACAUAAAACGUCAUCUUUGUCUAGGUUUAGUCAAGCGGGUUCCGUUGUUUGAGAACAUGGAUGAGACGUUACUAGAUGCGAUUUGUGAACGAUUGAAACCGUGUUUAUACACGAACAAUACUUACAUAGUUCGAGAAGGAGAUCCGGUGGAUGAAAUGCUCUUCAUAAUACGCGGUCGUCUCGAGAGCGCCACCACAGACGGCGGAAGAAGCGGUUUCUUCAACAGCGGUUUUCUAAAAGAAGGAGAUUUCUGCGGGGAGGAGCUUCUAACAUGGGCGUUGGACCCUAAAUCCGGAGCUAACCUUCCGUCUUCCACUAGAACAGUCAAAGCGUUGAGAGAAGUCGAAGCGUUUGCCCUACCGGCCGACGAAUUGAAAUUCGUCGCCGGUCAGUUCCGGCGGCUUCACAGUCGACAGGUACAGCACACUUUCCGAUUUUACUCACAGCAGUGGCGGACUUGGGCGGCGUGUUUCAUUCAGGCGGCCUGGCGGAGAUAUUCUAAACGGAAGGUUUUGGAGCAGCGGCGGAAGGAAGAAGAGGAAGCGGAAUUGGCGGCGCGUAAAAAUGGAGGUGGUGGUGGUGGUGGCGGUGGAAGUUCUUAUAGCCUUGGAGCUACUUUUUUGGCGUCGAGAUUUGCCGCUAAUGCUCUUCGUGGAGUUCACCGGAAUCGGAACCUGAAGAGUGCUCGGGAAUUGAUGAAGUUGCAGAAGCCUCCGGAACCGGAUUUCACUGCAGACGCUGAUUAGUUUGUUGCAUCAUGUGCUUGUACAUUAACAAACUUAUACGUAUGCUUUUAUGAGUUGUAAGGUACAACUUGUUAAUGCAUGUAGGAUGUUAUCUUAUAUAAGGUCGAGGACAUAUUCAGUUAA